AUGGAACCAUCAAGCCAUGCACACAAGAACUCGUCAGUCAUGCCACCUCUACCCAAAGACUCGCGUGGCUCGCUCGAAGUGUUCAAUCCAUCAACCCACUCCGCCAGACCAGGCUUUGUUCGCCCCCAACCCUCUUGGCAAAGCUGGGUAGAGCCCACCACCCAUCCCGAGCCGGAGCUCGCCACUUUCUCAUCCAAGUCCGGCAGGUCAAACGCCGGCGAAAUCACGUCAUGGAUGGCUCUCAAGGACCCCACUCCACCAUCACCACCACCGUCGCAACAUCAACAGCGCCAGUCAUCACCAGUCACCCAUAAGAGCUUACAGGCAAUCAUCAACGACCAGGACGGGAAAAAGUCGCCGGCGAAGUCUCAGCCACCGGGGGAAGCUGGUGUCGCAGCACAAAGAGCGGCGGAGUGGGGAUUGGUGCUGAAGACAGACACCGAGACUGGUAAACCACAAGGGGUCAAAGUAAGAACGUCCGCCGAAGAACAGAAUAAUAAGCAUGGGAGUUCUCGGAAGGACUCCGGUAAUUCAGUGCGAAGCUCCGGUGAAUUCUCAGAUGAUGGAGCAGGUAAGGAGAGGGGGUUUCCAAGGGUGUCUGAGGACUUGAAGGAUGCAUUAUCGGCAUUUCAACAAACUUUUGUGGUCUCCGACGCCACAAAACCCGAUUUUCCGAUCAUGUAUGCAAGUGCUGGCUUCUUCAAGAUGACUGGUUACACAUCAAGGGAGGUUAUAGGCAGAAAUUGCCGGUUCUUACAGGGUGCAGGUACAGAUCCGGAAGAUGUGGCAAAGAUCAGAGAAACGUUACAGGCAGGGGUUAGUUAUUGUGGGAGAUUGCUGAACUACAAGAAGGAUGGAACACCUUUCUGGAACCUCCUCACCAUUUCACCGAUCAAGGAUGAAACGGGAAAAGUUCUCAAAUUCAUCGGAAUGCAAGUGGAGGUUAGCAAGCAUACAGAGGGCUCUAAGGAGCAGAUGCUUCGUCCCAAUGGCCUGCCUGAAUCUCUGAUCCGAUAUGAUGCCCGGCAGAAGGAAAAAGCCACCAAUUCAGUAACGGAGCUACUGGAAGCAGUGAAGCAACCACCACGGGCGAGAGCUGUCAGUGAGUCGACCUAUCGUCCAUUAAUUAGGAAAUCGGAAAGUGGUACUGAACCAGAGAGGUCCGAAGCUUCUGGCCGGCGAAACUCGGAGACUAUGGUUCCGGCUAGACGUAAUUCAGUUGGUGGCACUAGAACCACAAUGCAGCGAAUCAGUGAACUGCCCGAAAAGAAACAGAGAAAAACUGGUCGUCGUUCUUUCAUGGGGUUUAUGAAGAAAAGUCGUCCUAAUACUGAAGAAGACGAGUUUGAACUUGGAGUUACUGUUAAUGAUGAUGAUGAAAGUGACGAUGAGGAGAGGGAUGAUGAGCGUCCCGAUAGUGUUGAGGACAAAGUAAGGCGGAAGGAAAUGAGAAAGGGUAUUGAUCUUGCUACAACACUAGAACGUAUAGAGAAAAACUUUGUCAUCACUGAUCCAAGGCUGCCUGAUAAUCCCAUUGUAAGACUCCUUAGUUUGUUGCCUAACAAUAAAGGUGUAUUGAUCUUGGGAUCUUUUCAGCUUAUACAAAGAUGUUAA